AUGAAACAUACUGGUGUGGACAUGAAAAAUAAACUUGCAAAGGAUGGCAAAAGACUCACGAGUUAUGUCGAAAAAAAUGCAGAACCUUCAUGCAGCACGUGGCAUCAGGCGGCACCCAUGUACGUGCCAUCAACGUCAUACACAGGUUAUUAUGGUGGUGCUACCUCGGCAAACGUCUCAUGGCAAGCUUCACAGAUUGCAGACAAAGCACGUCAAUUUGGUGUGACAGACCACACAAGAUGGGCACAUGCGGCACAACAAGGGCCUUCAACUACAAUCAACAGCGGCGCGGGGACAUCUACUGCGGGGAGCUCUGAGCGCACGGAAGACGCGUUCCACCAGCCAGCCAACAAUCAUGCUGCAAAAAAUGCCGAGUCAGAGUCGGAAAUGGCAAUCAUUCCAGCAAUGCCGACAAGCACACCUUUGAACACAAGCACUGGCAACACUCAAGUAGAUGAAACUGCCGCCGAUACUGAAGUGAAUUAUGAAAUUGAUGACGAAGCACAAGGGGAUGAAGAUGGUGGGCAAUCAGAGAUCAUGGUACCUCAGCCACCUUACGUUGGGCAGAGAUUUGAAUCGUUCGCAGAGGCAAAGGAAUUCUACCAGACAUAUGCAAAGUUCCAUGGAUUUGCGGUCAACACCGAAUACCAUAGGAAAAUUAAGAAAACUAACGAGUACAGCAGAGGUGAGAUGAGGUGCCACAAGGCACGAAGGAACAAGAAGGGGAAAGGUGUUGUGCGCCUGUCGUUCCGGAACGAAAGAGAGGUAUCAUUCUCAAGACGGAAUGCCCUGUCCGGUGUAAGCUAA